GUCUCGUGCCCGGUUAGUUAGCGGAGCAGCUCGCGGGCAGCAGACAGAGGGAUGGUCUCGCGCUCGGCGGCGGGCAGCAGCAGGUCAUGUUGUCCGCGCGGCUGGAGACCUGCCCGCGUGUCACCUUCAGCGGAGCGGGAACUGCGGCGACUCUGGCUCGAGGACCCCAGGCGAGGAUGGGCGGGGAGGCGUGUGUCCACAAGCUGGGCUCCACCAAUCACCUUCGGCUUCUCCUCUACAUCCUGAUUCCCACCGUGAGCCUGCUGGCCGGCCUCCUGCUGCUCGUCCUGGUCCUCACUGGUAUAUUUGGCAGCACUCACUUGGACCCCAGCCUCCUCCCCUCACCCAAACCCAUCGCCGACAGCAAACCUGGUUACCACAGCAACAGCACAAGCGACCCCUACCCCUCCUCCUCAUUCACGGUGGAAACCGUCACGUAUUCACCACAGAACCGCAGUGAGAGCACACCUGCCGCCACCACCGGCGUUCCCCCGGCGACCUCUUUUCAGGCUCCGCCCACUCAGCCAUACACAACGCCCCCUGAUUGGCUUGCCUCUGUGACAUCGCUGAGCACCACUUGGCCGAGCAGCACCGCCUCUGCGCCCGACACAGGUAGCUGUCAGCUGAUCGUGGAGCCUCAGUGUCACAUGUUGCCCUACAAUCAGACGUGGCUGUCCUCCUCCGUCGCCGUGGUGAAGAGCUCAGAGGUCGACAUGUUGCUAAGGUUCUUCAGCUACCUCAGCAGACUCUCAUGCUACAGACACAUCAUGCUGUUUGGCUGCUCGCUGGCUCUGCCCGAGUGCAUCGCAGCUGACAGCACGCACAACAGGACGGUCGUGUUGCCCUGCGCGUCUUUCUGCGAGGCAGCGAGAGAAGGCUGCGAGCCAGUCCUACAGAUGUUCAACGCCUCCUGGCCUGACUUCCUGCGCUGCUCCCAGUUCAGCAACACCACCUCUGCUUUGUCACCACCGUCAUCGCCGCCGCCACCACCAUCAUCACCUUCGCCAACAGGUCUCCUCACGUCACCUGCCUGCUACACACCGCGACAGAUUAAAGGGAAACCCUCCGUAUGUGGCGGGAAAGAUCAUUACUUGUGUGCGACGGGGAUUUGCAUCCCUCAGAAACUGGUGUGCAACGGCUACAACGACUGUGAUGACUGGAGCGACGAAACACACUGUGUGUGUGCAGAUGGCGAGUUUCACUGUAACACGGGUCGGUGUCUCUCGCCCGCUCGGGUGUGUGACGGCUAUGACGACUGCGGAGACCUGAGUGAUGAGCUCAACUGUGUGUGUGAUGUGGCCCGGGAGCACCGGUGUGGUGAUGGGCGCUGUGUGUCCAGAGACUGGCUCUGCGAUGGGGACCACGACUGUCUGGACAAGAGCGAUGAACUCAACUGCUCUUGUAAGAGUCAGGGUCUGCUGGAGUGCAGGAACGGUCAGUGCAUUCCUUCUGCGUUUCGCUGCGACGGCGAGGACGACUGCAAAGACGGCAGCGAUGAAGACAACUGCACCGUAGACCAGAGUCAGGGUGGAUGUGUUCCUGGUCAGCCCAGCUGUAUUGCCACUUCCUGUCAGCCCAUGUGUGCUGGCGGCAACACCGUGUGCGACCCACGAAGCAACAGCAGCUGCACUCGCUGUGAGCCAAUCAGCCUGGAGCUGUGUAUGAAUCUGCCCUACAACCUCACCAGCUUCCCCAACUACCUGGGUCACCUGUCCCAGAGAGAGAGCUCCGUGUCCUGGGAGUCCUCUCUGUUCCCCGCUUUGGUCCAGACCGGCUGCUACCAGUACCUCAUGUUCUACGCCUGCACGCUGCUGGUACCAAAGUGUGACCCGGUCAGCCUGCAGAGGGUCCCGCCCUGCAGGUCGCUGUGUCGUAGUGCAAAGGAGAAGUGUGAGUCGGUGCUCAACAUUGUGGGAUUGCAGUGGCCGGAAGACUCAGACUGCAGUCAGUUUCCAGAGGAGGGAGGAAACACAACCUGCCUGCUGCCAGAGGCCGGAGUCGACGAGUGCUCUCCAAGCCACUUCAAGUGCAGGUCAGGUCGCUGCGUGCUGGCAAGCAAACACUGUGACGGGCACCUGGACUGCGAUGACCACAGCGACGAGGACAACUGCGGCUGCUCUGAGCGUGCUCUGUGGGAGUGUCCUGGCAGCACAGUCUGCAUUAAAGCCAGUAUGAUCUGUGAUGGGUUCCCAGACUGCCCCCAGCUGGUGGAUGAGACCAACUGCUCGGUGUGCAGGGAUAACGAGCUUUCCUGUAACAACCACCAGUGUGUCCAUCGGACUCUGUGGUGUGAUGGAAAGAAGCACUGCUCAGACAGCUCCGACGAAUGGAACUGUGUGUCUCUGUCCGAUCGAUCGGGCUCUGUGCUGACGGUGUUUAAGACGGCGGCAGAGUAUCAGGUCUGUGCAGAUGAGUGGAACGACGAGCUGAGCGAACUGACCUGCAACCAGCUGGGACUAGGGGUUCCCUCCUCUGUUUCCAGGGUGCCCGAUCAGCCCGGCGUCCAAGGCCGUCGACGCUGGUUACACGUCCACCCUGAGUGGCACCAGAGGAACGGCUCUGCUCUGCAGGCCCGGCUGGAAAAGAGAAGUCAUGCGUGUCACUCCAGGCAGAGAGUUUCAGUCCUGUGUACCAGAGAAGAGUGCGGUCUACGCCAGGCGGUGGGCCUUCACCCUCACAGGAAGAAGCGGAUUCUGGGCGGCCGGGUGUCCCGGCGGGGGGCGUGGCCCUGGCAGUGUUCGCUGCAGAGCGGUCAGAGCGGUCACGUCUGCGGCUGCGUCCUCAUCGCCCGGAAGUGGGCUCUGACAGUCGCACACUGCUUCGAGGGGAGAGAGAGUGCAGACCUGUGGAAGGUGGUGCUGGGCAUUAACAACCUGGACCACCCAGGAGGUCACAGUCAGAGCCGAGGGGUGCGCUCCAUCAUCGUACACCCGCGCUACAACCAGGCGGUGGUGGACUACGACAUCAGUAUUGUGGAGCUGGACUCUGAGAUUGAGGAGACAGCCUUCGUCAGACCGGUGUGUCUGCCUCAGCCGAGCCAGCUGCCUUUACCCGACUCCUACUGUUACAUCACCGGCUGGGGUCACAUGGGCAACAGGAUGCCGUUUAAACUGCAGGAAGGGGAGGUCCGGAUCAUCUCUCUGUCUCAGUGUCAGUCCUACUUUGACAUAAAGACCAUCACUCCCAGAAUGCUUUGUGCUGGCUAUGAAGCUGGAACCGUCGACUCCUGCAUGGGUGACAGCGGCGGCCCGCUGGUGUGUGAGGAGAGCAGCGGUCGCUGGACGCUGUUCGGCCUGACGUCGUGGGGCAGCGUGUGCUUCAGCAAAGCGCUCGGACCCGGGGUUUACAGCAACGUCACGCACUUCACCCCCUGGAUCCAACAACAGAUCUACAUCCACACGUACCUGACCGACUGACACAUACGCUCACUCACCUGACACUUCCUGCUCCAAGCUCUCAUUCAUUCCAGAAGGAAGUGAUGUCAUCAUCAGCCACAACACGCGUUCAGUUCCUUAACCUGUGCCUAUAUCGAUACAGAUAGCCUUCAGACGCUGUGUGAGCAGCUAGCUGAUGUUGUUGGUGAUUGAAAGUUACAUCCAUACAGUCAGUCACUAAACACUGAACUCUGAUUUUAUUAUUUUUUAUUACUCGAUUCAACCCUACAAACAUCACAGAAACAAAAACAUAACCACUGCUCAGUGCUUCGUGCUGGACUUUAUACUAAGAUACUUUUAAAUUAUGUAGUUUGAACUACCCAUUACAUUUCCUGGGGCUGAAAAAAAGACGAAGCAUCAAAGACGGCAGUUCCUCCAACAACAUCUUGAACUAGUCUUCUGCUGUGCUUCAUCUCAGCUAACUGAAAUCACAGAAAACACACUUUCACAUUAAUGUUUUUAAUGCGAAAAUUUUCAAUUCAAUUUAUUUCAGUUCAACUUUAUUUAUAUAGCACCGAAUCACAACAACAGUUCCAUCAAGAUGCUUUAUAUUAAAUGGUAAAGACCCUACAAUAAUACAGGGGAAAACCCCAACAACCAGAUGACCCCUAUGUGCAAGCACUUUGGCAACAGUGGGGAUGAAAAACUCAAUUUAAACAGGAAGAAACACUGGGACAACCAGGCUCAGGCGGCUGUGACUGAUUACCUUCUUGGUUAAAAAAUAAUAACGAAACUUUACAUUCAAACUUGAAAUCUGAGCAAUGAAACAGUAAACUCUGUUUAAACUACGUUUAAACUCCAUCAUGAGACAUUCAGCAGUGGUUUCAUUUCACUGCUUUUUGCUUCUGUCACAAACUACACUAUCCUCAUACAGACCUAACAACUGCUCAAAGAUGUGUAUCCCCAGAUCAGCUGGCGAUUGGUUACUGGAGUUGGAUUGGUGAAACUGGUUAAAAAGAUGCUGCUCAAAACCUCUAGUUUGACCAGUUCAACCAGUCCAAGCCAAACAGAUUGCAAAGGUUGCAUCGAAGCUUGUCUGCAACUGCUCACCAAGCAGAAGGAAAACGUAAAAGUGUGAUGUUUGACGCGCAGUUGGGGAAUAGUUGGAGGUUGCGGACCAGCCUCCAGGCCUGUGUGAGUGAGGACUUAGAGUUCAGAGGAAAAAACUCAACAUUGUGAUGUUCAUGUGUAUCAGAUGGCACACGGUCUGUUUCCAAGAACUCCAUAAACUACUUGUUCAAACUUUAAAUCAGCAUUAAAGCAGAAGAACUCCAUUUCACAGUCAUUUUCUCCGGCUACUUUGCUGGAAAUACUCCUCAAGAUUUCUGAAGAACAUUGUCUUGAAGAGCUAAAACAGCUUGUUUCAGAUAUGGCCAAUAUAAGUUAAAAAAGGAUUAUUAUAAAGUGUGACUCAUGCACAGCUACUCUAGAAACAUCAAGGAAUACAUAUAUGGAGCUGGAAAUGAGCAGGAUAGAUUCACGUACUUACCUAAGUCAUUAAUCCCUAUUUUAACAAAAUAUUUAAUAACAGCAAUUUACAGAUUAAUGAUAGUUUUGCAGCUAUGAUACAAAAUUGUGUCAGUGUUUGUGUUAAACAUCCUGUAAGCAGAAGCUAAAUCUGCUAUUUCAGAGAAAAUUGAGGAUUGUUUCCCGGAGAGUAGCUGUGAAACCGAACAUUUUAAUGAUAUUAAGGCGUUUAGCGCUGAAGCUGCUAAAACAGACCAGCCGAGCACUCAUUUUCCCACAAUGCUUCACUCUAUAGUGCCUAGCAGUAAAAAAAAAAAAAAGACACAAAACAAAAACAAAAACAAAUUUGUUACUUGUACAAUGUCGUACUGUACGUGCGUGUGUGAGUGUAAGCUGCUGUGUGAGCGUCAGAAAGUGCUUCAAACCACACUGGCAACUUAUAUCGGGCAACUUUGAUGGUCAACAUGUAACUUUGUUCUCACAGCUGUUAGUUACAUUUAUCUUCUUCUUUCAGACAGAAACCUGUAACUGACCCCCCCGACCCCAGUCAUGCUGUAUAAUGGUACAUGAAGAUGUAACACAAGCUUUAUUUUUGUAUAUAACAUACACCGAUGUAGUUUUAAGCUGUGUUUAUUCAUGUUUGUUUACGAUGAUGAAAAAUGUCUUCAGAGGUGAAGUUAGAACAAUGCGGAUCAUUAGCCUUUAAAGUUUCUGGCUUACAGAUAUAUCGUUAGUAAAGUAAACAGUUAAUAACACGCUUAUUAUAAAUGAUAAAUCAGGGGACUUGAAGUAAAGUUUUACCCAGUUUUUAUCUAAAAGUAACCUAAAUGUUCAUCAAAGUGGAUAAAGCGCAAAAAAGCAAAUAUUUAAACUGCCUGUAAAGUAUAUCUUUAAUGUAUUGCUAAUGUGGAAACAUUAGUAUUAAUCCAAAUGUUAACAUAAGUCAUAUGAGCUUUAUCUCAUGUAUCAGAUGGUCAGACUGUAGUUUAAAGCUAGCAGACUCACUAACACAAACAAUUAACUGCCAAAUUAGCGCCAGCUAGAAUACGAAGCACAAAUGUAGCACAGUAUAGAGCGUUUAAUGAUGUGUUUUCAUAGCGUUAGCACUAAGCUACGUUAGCUUUUGCUGUGUAUUUACAAGCCGUUUAGGUCCAACUGUUCAACAGUAGCAGUUUUCACACCGUAGCUGAACUAGUAGGAGGAAAAAAGAUAUUAAGGCUUAAUGGAUUAAAACUCAUAACGGACGGUUUGUUUGCAGUUCACGUGUCUUGACAGCGUUUUUUAGACGACUCUUCAAACGCGGAGAUUUGGGUGUUGCCUCUAUUUAAACACACAUGUUUACCACAUUUAUGCUUUAAGCUAACUGCCUCACACUGAAUUCACUUAAAUAUUGUUGGUAACUGUUUUUGUUUGUUUUGUUUGCCUCAUAUGUGUGACAAAAAGACUCACACAGACAGCAAAGAAGCAUCAAUACCACAGAGUAAAACCCUAACUCAUACUAACUGAGGCCUCAGUCACAUAGGCAUAGAGACACUUAGCAACCUCUGGUCACAAGGGGAAACAUGUAUUCCUUAAUCGGUUGGCAAGUGGUUGCUAGCUGUUGCCAGGUGAAAUCAGUCACAGCAAAGGAAAACCACCAAAAAUCUCUAUGUGAUUGUUGGUUGUUAGCAGUUUGCAGUGACUCUUUCUAAUUUGUCUGGAAGACAUCUUCUCAUUUUUCCCUGGCACACAGUGGUUGCCCGGUGGUUGCCAACCAGUCUCUAGGCCUUGUGACUGGAGCCUUAGACUUCUGGGAGAUCUGGUGGAGCUAGUGGACGUGCAGGUGGUGAUUCCUGUUUUUCUCCACCAGAGGCUCCAAAAGGCUGAAUGCUGGUCAUACUACACCCUGCCGUUAUUGGGCUUUUGUUUCAGAAAGCAGGUUUAGUGAAAACUCUGAGUUUGUUAAACCUGAGAUGUAAAUUUAAAACAAAUGUGGAAAUGUUUCACUCAUCGUGUCCACUAAUGAAUAAUUGGAGGCCGUGAAUUUGUUUCACUUGGCGAGAUCAACAUUUUAGCACUUCCCCCCAUUUUGACUCCCUGUUAACCCAGUGGAAGAGUUGCCCAACGAAUUGCCCCGUUGACCUUCUGUGCUGAGGUCGAACUCACAUCCAGAACAUUCCAAGUUGCUGCUGCUGAUGUUGUUUUGUGUGUUUGGUUUUUUAAGAGUAUUUUUCUACAGCGUUUUGUAUGUCAUGCUGCUUACACAGGGCUGUUAGUGUGUGUGUGUGUAUGUGUGUGUGUGAGCACACAGUCACAUGUACGGACUGUGUGUUUGUUUCUUCCUGAUUUAGCUGUUAUGACUUUGUUAUCAUGAUGAUGAUGAUGAUGAGUAAUGUUUGAUUAUAUGGAUUCAAAUGCUUUAUGGACAGACUGUAGCCUUUAAUGUUUGUGUAAACAGUGAAUAUUUGGUUUAUAUCAUCUUGUAUCACACCAAUAAAC